ACACAAUGUUGUCACAUGACUGUCACCCAGUCCUGACUCUAACCUGCUCUGACAUGAAGAAGAACAGAUAUGUAACUAUUAUAUGUGAUGUGUUUGUGCUGCUGCAACAUGAAUCAGACAGAUUAUAGAAAUUUGCAGCCACAACAAAGUCUGCAGUCGUACAAGAUUCACAGAGCUGCUCCUCUUCCUGGAACUACUCUCAGCUUGAUAAGCCCUCCCUCUUCUCUCAAACACAGGAAGCUCCACCCUGCACAUGAAACUCAGACAGCUGCCAUUAUUUAGAGUGAAAUGGCGCAGAAAGGACCUCAGCUGGACCGAGAGACUUUCUCUUGUCCGAUCUGUUUGGAUCUACUGAAGGAUCCGGUGACUACUCCCUGUGGACACAGUUACUGUAAGAACUGUAUUAAAGACCACUGGGACACAGAGGAUGAGAAGAGGAUCUACAGCUGCCCUCAGUGCAGGCAGAGCUUCACACCGAGGCCUGAGCUGCUGAAAAACACCAUGUUGGCAGCUUUAGUGGAGGAGCUGAAGAAGACUGGACUCCAAGCUGCUCCUGCUGAUCACUGCUAUGCUGGACCUGAAGAUGUGGCCUGUGAUGUCUGCACUGGGAGGAAACUGAGAGCAGUUAAGUCCUGUCUGGUGUGUCAGGUCUCUUAUUGUGAGCAACACCUCCAGCCGCACUUUGAAUCCCCUGCCUUUGAAAAACACAAGUUGGUGGAGCCCUUAAAACAUCUGCAGGAGAAAUUUUGCUCUCGUCACGAUGAGGUGAUGAAGAUGUUCUGCCGCACUGAUCAGCAGUGUAUCUGUAUUUUGUGCUCCAUGGACGAACAUAAAGGCCACGACACAGUGUCAGCUGCAGCAGAGAGGACUGAGAGGCAGAGAGAGCUGGAGGGGAGUCGACACAACAUCCAGCAGAGAAUCCAGGACAGAGAGGAAGAUGUGAAGCUGCUUCAACAGGAGGUGGAGGCCAUCAAUGGCUCUGCUGAUAAAGCAGUGGAGCACAGUGAGAAGAUCUUCACCCAGCUGAUCCGUCUCAUGGAGGAAAGACGCUCUGAUGUGAAGCAGCAGGUCAGAUCCCAGCAGGAAACUGAAGUGAGUCGAGUCAAAGAGCUUCAGGAGAAGCUGGAGCAGGAGAUCACUGAGCUGAAGAGGAAAGACGCUGAGCUGAAGAAGCUCUCACACACAGAGGAUCACAACCAGUUUCUACACAACUACCCCUCACUGUCAGCACUCAGUGAGUCUACACACUCAUCCAGCAUCAACAUCCGUCCUCUCAAGUACUUUGAGGAUGUGACAGCAGCUGUGUCAGAGCUCAGAGACAAACUACAGGACGUCCUGAGAGACACAUGGACCAACAUCUCACAAAGACUGACUGUAGUGGAUGUUUUACUGUCUCCUCAGCCUAAAACCAGAGCUGACUUCUUAAGAUAUUCAUGUGAAAUCACACUGGAUCCAAACACAGCACACACACAUCUGUUAUUAUCUAAAGGGAACAGAAAAGCAAAAGCAGUGAGAAAACAGCAGUCUUAUUCUGAUCAUCCAGACAGAUUCACUGACAGGUUUCAGGUCCUGAGUCGAGAGAGUCUGACUGGACGGUGUUACUGGGAGGUGGAGCGGAGAAGAGACGGAGUUUAUGUUGCGGUCACAUACACAGAUAUCAGCAGAACAGGGAGCACAAAUGAAUCGAAGUUUGGAUUCAAUGACAAAUCUUGGUCAUUAUAUUGUGACACAAUCAGUUUUAAGUUUUGGUACAACAACAUCCAGACUCCCGUCUCAGGUCCUCUGUCCUUCAGAGUUGGAGUGUACCUGGAUCACAGUGCAGGUAUUCUGUCCUUCUACAGCGUCUCUGACACCAUGACUCUCCUCCACAGAGUCCAGACCACAUUCACUGAACCUCUCUAUGCUGGACUUAGAAUCUGUAAAUUUGGAGCCACUGCUGAGUUGUGUAAACUGAAAUAGACAGAAGACAUUUAAGGGACACUGAGUUAAAUCAUUCUCAUAUUGUCUUCAUGUUUGUCGCUGAUUGUUGUGUCAUGUCUUCAGCUGUCAAUCAAACUUUGUGGGCGGUACUUUGCCGCCUCCUGGUUUGUUGCUGUGUAAAUGUUUGAGGUGUUUUCAGGUGACACUCCUUCCUGAGUCUGUUCAGCCACGGAGGCUCUCACUGCUCCUGAUGAGGCCUGUUGACCUCCACUGAUUCUUCUGGUUAUUAUAAUGUGAGCGUCUCUGUGCUCUAACUGCAUGUUGAAUAAUUGUACUGAUGUAUUUGUAUGUUGUUGUUUCUCUUCCACUGCGUGAGUCUUCAGAGAGAAAGCAGCACACCUUCAUUUAUUACAGAUGUUUUGUUCUAAAUGUUUUUUUUGGUCUGAAUCAAUUUACAAAUGAGGAACUUUGAGCUUUUAUGAAGCUGUAAAUAUCCUGAUCAUAAUCAAUAAGGAGAUGAUUGAUGAAUGUGUUGUUGGUCGCUGAGAUUCUGCUCAAACAAACUGUUGAGAUGAAGUGAAUCUGUUGAUGAAAUCACUGAACUAGAGUCUUUACUGAUGGGACGUGUGAACAAACUGAAGCUUCACAUCAUGAAUAAACCAACAUGAACAGAAUU